AUGGCAUCACUCAAAGGACCUGGAGAAGCCCAACAGCACGAUGGCAGUGGCCUGCGUAUCGGAAUCGUCCAUGCGCGCUGGAACACCUCAAUUAUUGAACCCCUCCUCGCAGGGACCAAAUCUAAACUCCUCGCAUCAGGCGUCAAAGAAUCAAAUAUCGUCGUGCAAUCUGUGCCCGGCUCCUGGGAGCUGCCAAUAGCUGUCUCCAAGCUCUUCUCUGCCUCCCAGGUUCAGUCCACCACCUCUUCCACUCUAGGUGCUGGCGAUCUCCUUGGCUCCUCGACUACAGAUCUGACAUCUCUGUCAGUAUCAGAAGCCACAUCCUCUGGUCCUUUUGACGCUAUUAUUGCCAUCGGAGUGCUUAUCAAGGGCGAAACCAUGCAUUUCGAAUACAUCGCCGACUCGGUUUCCCACGGCCUCAUGCGCGUACAACUCGAUACCGGAUGCCCUUUGAUAUUUGGUUUAUUGACCGUGUUGAAUGACGAUCAAGCCAAGGCGAGAGCUGGCGUCACCAGCGGGAGCCAUAAUCAUGGAGAGGAUUGGGGUUUGGCAGCUGUCGAGCUUGGGGUCAAGAGAAAGGAAUGGGCUGCGGGCAAAAUGUCUUAG